CCCUCGGUUCACUUUAAGGAGACACUGACUCUCACUCACACCACACGUUGAAAACAGCAGCAGCAAACACGCACUCCCUCCAGUUACAGGAUGGACUCGUCUCCUUUCCUAUAGCCUACCUUUAACUCUGACUGUGACGCUUUUGAAGUCUGCUAGGAGUUCAGGGUUCCGAACGGAUCCAGUGUCCGAUGUUUCGCUCCUCUACCUGGCUUUUACUUUGAUUGAACUAUCCCCUCAUUUUUUGAGGGGGCUCUGAGAUGAGAAUGUUUUUUCAGCUGCUGCUUUUGCAUUUCCUCUCGAGUUUCGUAUGCAACGCCGUGGCUUUCGUCGAGGAGCCCUCCGGAGGCAGGUCGGACGGGUACUGCGGGCGGAUCCUUCGGGCGCAGACUCAGGCGACCCGGAAGGAGGGCCACCAUGAGUUCAGGCUCAGAGUGGAAGGAGACCCAGAAACCUACCAGCCUGGUCUCAAGUACAGAGUGGUCCUCCUGGCAACCAGCCCGAAUUAUUUCAGAGGUUUCACCCUCAUCGCAUUAAAGGAGGGCAGAGAAGGCACCACAGAUGAUGACUACACAGGCCAGUUCCAGAUCAUUGAUGAAGAGGACACACAGUUCAUGACCAACUGUGCCCCUGCAGUGACAGAGAGUACACCUCGUAGACGUACAAGAAUACAGGUCUUCUGGACGGCACCACCUCCUGGCUCUGGCUGUGUCAUACUGAAGGCCAGUAUUGUCCAGAAGAAAGUCAUAUUUUUCCAGGAUGAAGGCUCUCUCACUAUUCGACUGUGUGAAAAAGAGCGUGUUUUUGGUGAAGCCACAGAGGCUCCAGCCGUGGAAUGCUGCGCUUGUGGGACAGCCAAAUACAGGCUCACCUUCUAUGGCAACUGGUCAGAGCAACAACAUCCAAAAGACUACCCAAGACGAGCCAACCACUGGUCAGCUCUGAUAGGUGCAUCUCACUCCAGAAGCUACACGCUUUGGGAAUAUGGAGGGUAUGCAAGCGAGGGUGUCCGUCAGGUAGCUGAGUUUGGCUCCCCCAUCAAGAUGGAAGAAGAGAUUCGACAGAGGGCAAAUGAUGUACUGACUGUCAUUAAAACGAAGGCUCAGUGGCCAGCAUGGCAACCCCUCAACCUGAGAGCAGCUCCAUCAGCAGAGUUUUCGGUGGACAAGACCCGUCAUCUGAUGUCGUUCCUCACCAUGCUCGGGCCAAGCCCAGACUGGAAUGUGGGGCUGUCAGGAGAGGACCUCUGUACCAAAGAGUGUGGGUGGGUCCAGAGGCUUGUGACAGACCUCAUUCCCUGGGAUGCAGGCACUGAUAGCGGUGUCACAUAUGAGUCACCAAACAGGCCAACCAUUCCUCAGGAGAAGAUCCGCCCCUUAACCAGUUUGGACCACGUUCAGAGCCCGUUCUACGACCCUGAGGGAGGGGCUAUUGCCUCUAUAGCAAGGGUGGUGUUGGAACGCAUUGCUAGAAAGGGAGAGCAGUGUAAUAUGGUACCAGACACAGUCGAUGACAUAGUUGCUGAUAUUGGACAGGAAGAGAAUGAAGAAGAUGACACACCAGAGACAUGUAUCUACUCACCUUGGUCCCCCUGGUCGGCAUGCAGCAGUGCUACGUGUGAAAAAGGACGUAGGAUGAGGCAGAGGAUGCUGAAGGCCCAGCUUGACCGCAGCAUUCCAUGUCCACAUACUCAAGACUUUCAGCCCUGCAUGGGACCAGGAUGCAGUAUGGAGGAGCAAUCGACGUGUAUGAUGUCGGAGUGGAUCAGCUGGUCAGCCUGCAGUGUGUCCUGUGGUAUGGGGAUGAGGUCUAGGGAGCGAUACGUCAAACAGUAUCCUGAGGAUGGUUCGCUUUGCCAGCUCAACUCUGAGGAGACAGAGAAGUGUGUGGUCAAUGAUGAAUGCUCACCCAGUAGCUGUGUGGUGACUGAGUGGGGCGAGUGGGACCCCUGCAGUGUCACCUGUGGGCUAGGUAUGAAGAGACGUGAGCGCAUGGUGAAGAUGCCACCUAUAGAUGGAUCCAUGUGUAAGACAGAGGUAGCUGAAGUGGAGAAGUGCAUGAUGCCAGAAUGUCAUACCAUCCCUUGCAUGCUGUCACCCUGGUCCGACUGGAGUGUGUGUAGUGUUACUUGUGGGCGGGGCAUACGAACACGUCAGAGGAUGUUGAAGUCUGAUCCUGCAGGAUGCACAGAGGAGCUGGAGCAGACAGAGAAAUGCAUGCUGCCCGAGUGCCCGAUUGACUGCAUGGUGUCAGAGUGGUCCGAGUGGUCAGAGUGCAACAAGUCCUGUGGAAAAGGACACACGAUUCGAACCCGUAUGGUCAAACUGGAGCCCCAGCUUGGGGGGAGUGUUUGUCCUGAGACAAUCCAGAGGAAGAAAUGCAAGAUCAGAAAGUGCCGAACAAAAACGAGGGAGGAGAAAGGAGGUGGAGCUGGAGGAGGAAAUAGAAGGAGGCGUGGAAAACAGGGAAGAGAUGCAGCUGUUGAGGAGCAGCUAGGUUGUAGGCUACAUCCGUGGACCAGCUGGACGGACUGCACCAAACCAUGUGGAGGGGGAAUCCAGGAACGUUUCAUGAUGGUGAAGAAAAGAGGUAAAGGUACCGUGAUGGCAAGCUGUAAGGACCGAAAGGAGAUCCGCGCGUGUAACGUUCAUCCCUGCUAGCAACAGGACUUUGAGAGGAGGAGAGGCAACAGCUGGAUAAGUCCAUGAGGUUUAAAUAUGUUUGUUUUUUGUUUUUUAAAUGACCUCUAUGUGCAGGGAGGUGAGAUGUGCGGAAGGAAUAUGGGUUUGUUUGGAACUUUGGAAAAUCAAUCUGUGUUUAGGUAACUAAAAAGGAAGAGAGAAAGAUUUAUAUUGUACUGUUUAGUGAAGCAACCAAGGUUUUUGUUACAGAUUUUGCUGUAGAUAAUAAUGGUCGAAUUUAAGUGGAAGUUAAAUUUUAAAGAAAAAAAAAAGUUUAGAGGAAUGUUCCAUUAAAUAGUCUAACUACAGAUGGUUUGUCAUCAAGCUUGGUUGCAUUUCUUUGUUUUUCAGAGGUUUUGUCCAUGGGGUUUGAAAUACGGUGUAGGCUUGAGAUCUCCUCCUGAGAAUUCUCACAAAAAUCUUCAAUUAUUUUCCCAGAAAAAUAGCCACACAGGAGCCUGAGAUAUUUGCACGUGAUUACUUCUUACUGUACUGACUCAAAGAUGCCUACGAUACAUUAUUUUUACCCUUUAAAUACCAUUACUGCAUUAAAUAUCCUUAUCUAGGUAAGAAGUAUUCUUCUAAUCUUAUUCAGAAUAGUUUGGCAGCCUGCAGGGCUUUGGAAAAUAUUUUGGAGCCAGCUCAACAAUCUUUGUUCAGACAAGCAGGGGGAAAACUCAGAGUUCAAGUUUGGUUUAUUCAAUGAUAUAAAUCAUAUUGUAGGUCUGUUAAAUGCUCAGAGAUGUUCAUAACCUGUAGAGCAGAACUGAAGUCAAACAUGGUCAGAUCUUCUGUGUUCAUUUGGUGUAACAGCCCUUUUGGGUUAUGGUCUCCUUACUUUAAGCUUUAAGACAGGCAAUAUGAGUAUUAUAUAAAAGGAAAACAUAACACUCAAAAGAGAGAAGAUGGAUCUGUAUGGAUGAUUGGUGGAGCAAAAAGGGUAGUUAGUACUGCAGGUUAUUCCCAGCAGCUUUGUAUAUGUGUUAGAAAGUCUAUUACACUAAUACUUAUACAUUUAUGCUGAUACACUUCAUAGCCACAUACCACUAAAAAACUAAACCAUUACCUGUAUUUUAGUAUGUUGCUCUUCUUAAUAAGUGGAGCAGUAAUUGCAGAAAAUCACUCCACAAUUCCAGCCUAAUGUUAUCCAACAAUCCACUUUGUAUCCUUUAAGACGCUCAACAUUCAAAAAGAGGAUAAACUUUGAACACAUUGAAAAAACUCCUCACUUACAAAAAAAGAGCUUUGGAAAAAUAGUUGCAGUUCUAUUACUGCAUUAAUGAAAUCAUAUAUAAUAGAAUAGAAUUAUGAUUUUGGAGAACAGAAACAUUUUGCCAAAGUAAUUAUUAAAGAAACGAGGAUUAACUGUCAACCCAGAAGUAAUACUUAAAACUGGCAAGUUUUUAAAAAGGCAUCAACAGUCUGUUCUUUUUGCAAGGCAAAACCCAGAGAGUCUUUAAAGAUGUAUUGAUAAAAUGUCUAUUUAGUAUCUAACCAACACUUAAUUACAACUACAACUAGUACUAAAAACCACUUAAGAUAGAAGAGAUCAAUUUUAAGGGACAUUUUUUAUACUGUUAAGAUUAGUCUUUAUGUACCCUACUGCUUUGUGUCAUGUCUUUACAUAUCUGCUGUGCAGCACUGCUGCAACGGAAGCUCCAUGGAAACCUUUGCAGAUUAAAAAACUGUACUGUCGCCUGUUACUGGGACCUUUCUACCAAUAUAGCUUUUCUUAUAAUUGUUGUUGUGUUUUUCUUUGUACUGUCAUUAAGAGAGAUUUGUAGUAUAGCUUGUUUGUUAGAAUUAGCAGUGUGUUUCUACUCUCUUUCUUUCUACUGUUUCAUCACCAAAGUUAUAUUUCCUUGACUUUAUAGCCUUUGCUCUUUGUAAUUUUGGACAUCUGUUUUUUUUCAUUACCUCUGUUUCACUGACUAGUUUCUUAGAUCGCUUAGUGGAAUCACUUUUCCAAUAAAAAAUAAUAUAAGUGUAAAAAUCA